AGGCUUCUGCAGACUGUGAAGGCUCUCCAGCAGCCGGAGGAGGAGCAGGAUGAAGGAGCUGUGAGGAGCUGAUCUCAGAUCAGAUCAGUAAACUUUCUGAUGCCUUGUCUCACUCUGGAGCUUCUUCUUCAAGACUUCCUGUCCCGCCUCCAGCCAUGAGUGACAUCUACGAGUCAGCGGCCAACUCCCUGGGCCUGUUCGACAGUCCCUGUCUGACCAAGGUGGAGCUGAGGCUCACCUGCAAGGGAAUCUCGGAUCGGGACGCCCUGUCCAAGCCCGACCCCUGCUUCGUCCUCAAGAUGAAGUCCCAUGGCCAGUGGAUGGAGGUGGACCGGACGGAGGUGAUCCGCAGCAGCGUGAACCCCACCUACUCCAAGGUCUUCACCCUGGACUUUUACUUCGAGGAGGUGCAGCGGCUGCGCCUGGAGCUGUACGACAUCAACAGCGCCCUGAAGGAGGCUGACUUCCUGGGCUCGGUGGAGUGCACGCUGGGCCAGAUCAUCUCUCAGAGGAAACUGUGCAAAGCUCUGCUCAGACCAGGAGGAACCGUGUCGAAAACCAUCAUCACGAUCUCAGCUGAGGAGCUGACGGGCAACGACGACUACAUCGAGCUGUCAUUCAGCGCCAGGAAGCUGGACGACAAGGACUUCUUCAGUAAGUCCGACCCGUUUAUGGAGAUCUACCGGCUGAACGACGACGCCACGAUGCAGCUGGUCUACCGCACCGAGACGGUGAUGAAUAAUCUGAACCCGGUGUGGAAAACCUUCAAAGUGUCUCUCAACUCGCUCUGCAGCGGAGACCACGAACGCAAGCUGCAGUGCACCGUCUGGGACUGGGACUCCAACGGGAAGCACGACUACAUCGGGGAGUUUGAGGCCACGUUCAACGAGAUGAGAGGAGCCAUCGAUGGACGACAGGUGCAGUGGCCGUGCCUCAAUCCCAAAUACAGAGUCAAAAAGAAGAACUACAAGAACUCUGGGAUCGUCAUUCUGAACCAGUGCAAGAUCAUCAAGAUGCACUCCUUCCUGGAUUACAUCAUGGGGGGCUGUCAGAUCCAGUUUACAGUGGCCAUCGACUUCACUGCGUCGAACGGCGAUCCUCGAAACAGCUGUUCGCUGCACUACAUCCACCCGUACCAGCCCAACGAGUACCUGAAGGCCCUGGUGGCUGUGGGGGAGAUCUGCCAGGACUACGACAGUGACAAAAUGUUCCCGGCGUUCGGCUUUGGCGCUCAGAUCCCUCCUGACUACAAGGUGUCCCAUGACUUUGCAGUGAAUUUUAACGAGGAAAACCCAGAGUGUGCAGGGAUCCAGGGCGUGGUGGAGGCCUACCAGGCCUGCCUCCCCAAGCUGCGGCUUUACGGACCCACCAACAUCGCCCCCAUCAUCCAGAAGGUCGCCAACUCCGCCUCACAGGAGGUCCACACCAAAGAAGCCAUGCAAUACUUCAUCCUGCUGAUCCUGACGGACGGUGUCAUCACCGACAUGGCAGACACCAGGGAGGCCAUCGUCCAGGCCUCCCACCUCCCCAUGUCCGUCAUCAUCGUGGGGAUCGGUAACGCCGACUUCAGCGACAUGCAGAUGCUGGACGGAGACGACGGGAUCCUGCGGUCCCCCAAAGGGGAACCUGUCUUCAGGGACAUUGUCCAGUUCGUCCCCUUCCGCAACUUCAAACACGUGAGUCCACCUCGACCUUCCCACAGGGCGCCAUUUAGGUCCUUUAUUGUUUGGUUUCUUUGUUUUUUUUCCAGCCUCAUUGUGAGAAGACAUUUUUGCAAGGAGCAUUCACUCAGGAGGCCGCUGUCAGCAUCACGUCUUUCUAUUAUCAGUCGAUAAAGGCCUCACGUUACCUGCAAAGAAAUAGCAGAGUUUCUAGCUAAAAAACACGAGCAGACAAAGGAGGGAACUCAUAUCUUUAAGUCAAGGUGGUUUAUUUAUGAUCAUCCUCUUCUUCUGCCUCCUCUUCGUUGUUUUAUUCCAUCCCCACAACUAAUGAGAGGGGCAGAAAGUGAUUACUUUCAAUCUUCAAAAUGCCAAAAAACUGAUUUCAACCGUUUUAAUUCAAAUUAACUGCAAUCAACUCUCUGUAGUCAACAACAACAUCAACUCCUAAUUUUGUAUCAGCAAACAGGACUCCCAAAAAAUAUGAUUUGCCAUGUUGGCUUUGCUUUUCCACAUUUAUUUAUAAUCUCUUGUUUUUCCGAGUAAAUUAAGUAAUUAUAGCAAACACAUUUAGCUGCUCACCACAACGACGCGUGGCUGCCAGAUGGUGUGUUAAUUUAAAAGAUGUCUUCCUGAUAUAAACUCAUACAGUGAUUAUUUAUAUAACGUUUAGAGCGCAGAAUAUUGGAUUCUGGACAAGAUAAUAAACCCAGAAGAGGAGAGUCUUGAAUCUGGAUGAGAGCAUAUUGGAAGUUAUUGAACAAAUUAGUUUUUCACAUUAUGGAGGGAGAUGCUUGGGCGAGGGAUGUGGGGGCAAUCCGCCAAGCAGUCCUAAGUGGGAAAUAAUGUAUUCCUGUAGAAUUCAUUUUGGUAUUUAGCCGACGUCUGACGGUCACAGACUCUACUCCCCAGGUAUGAUUCAUCUUCUCCAUUCAUUUUUACAGAUGCAUAUUUUUUUUAUAUCUUUGGAACCAGAAAUGAGGCAAUUUCUCCUCUGACGAUCAGCAGGACGGAGCGCAGAACCUCAAGCUGCUGCUAAAAAGUACAGUCCAACCAACAGAGAUCAUCUCCAACCAAAAAACAAAGGAAACAAAACACUGAGGACUGUACAGAGCUUUUCUACCCACCCCACAAAGCACUUUAACACCCAUUCACACACUGAUGACAGCAGCUACCACACACAGAGCCACCUGCCCAUCAGUGACUAACAUUCACACACAACACUCACAGCUACAGGAGCAAAGUUGGUGUUAAGUUUCUUGCCCAAGGACACAGCGACAGGCGUGAAAUCAGGACAUGGGAUCAAACCGCCGAUCCUCUGAUUGGAGGACGGCCCACUCACCCACAGUGAUGGGCCGAGGAGGCUGACCAGAAGACGCUUCACUCUAAACACCCUUCCGUUGAGUUUGAGAUGUCCUCGCAGUUGGUCAGCUCAGGAAAAAACCUCCCCUGGGGGAAUCCUGAUCGGUUUGAUUCUGAAGUAAACCGGUUUCAACCUCUUAGGGCCAAAACGUAAUCUCUUUUCAUCCUUGUCUUAUUAGAUCUAGGACUUGAUCUCAGGCUCGUGUUCGUUUAACGAGCUCCACGGGAAGACUCCAUCUCCUUUCUGAGGGAUCACCUCUGCCUCAGGCCCAGAGGUGCAGGUUCUCAAUAUCCAGAGAGAGAAACAAUCUGACCGGCGGCAUGUUGUGUUGUUGGAGUGAAAAGUUACAGUUAGACUGACACAUAAAACCGCCGUUGCCAUGGAAAAUAAAAUCCACUCUUAGCAGCCCAGUCAUGAACUGAGAAGAACCGAAGAUUUCUUUUCUUUCUUACUGUACUGUCAUCUCGCCUGUUAUUAUUGCCAUUGCUUUUCUGUUUUGUUUUUCCUACCAUGCAGAGUGCCUUGAGUAAAUGUAAAGUGGCAUACAGAUAAAAUGCACUGUUACGGUUAUUAUUAUUACUAUCAUUUAGCAUUGGAUUUACCGUUUGUCUCCUCCUCAGGCGUCUCCAGCGGCUCUGGCUAAGAGUGUGUUAGCGGAGGUUCCCAACCAGGUGGUUGACUAUUACAACAGCAAGGGCAUCAAGCCCA